CGACUGUCUCAAACCCCUCCUCUCGAAUGCUUUCCUCCAUGGCCGACCUAUAUAAACUAACCAACAGGUCGGAGUAGCAGUAGCUUUCGUUGAAGCUUUGGUGGUGGCGUGGUGGAAGAGCAGAAAGGCGGCGGCUUGACGGCGAUGGGGCGGAGCGGCAGCGGCGCGGGGAGCUGCCUGGGGUUGGCAGCGGUGGCCGCGGUGUCGACGAGCAUCAUCCUCAUCUCCUACCACCUCCACCGCCGGCUGGUGGCCAACAUGAAGGACAAGAUCGUCGGCGAGGGAGGAGCAGACAAGGACCGGCGCCGGCGCCGCCCCCGCGGAACGAAGAAGGCCAUGAAGAAGGUGCGGUUCGCGGACGACGUGGUGGAGCCGUCGUCGAACAACGAGGAGUACCGGCGGCGGGUCUGGUCGUCGUCGUCGACGACGAUCAGCGGCGGCGCCGUGGCCGCGGCCGGCGGCAGCGUGGACGAAGAGCUUCUCAGCCUCAGCCGCGGCCCGCCGCCGCGCACCGGCGACGCCCUCCUCGCGCUGCCGGCUCCUACCCACGCGAUGCGGCGGCGCACCGUCCGGUUGCCGGAGCCCGACGCAUGCCGGCAAGCGUGAGCCGCCGUCGCGUCUCGCCUGGCUGGUGGUAGCCUGGACGCCUAGAGCAAAUUAAGAGACAUGUGACAUGUCGUCAUGCCAUGCUCAGAGAUUUUCCGUUGUCAGCAAGCUUUCCUCCAGUGGGGGAUGUAAUAAACCGGUCA